AUGGCGUGGUCGUCGCCGGCGCUUCCGCUGCUGCCGGGUCUGGGCAGCGCGCAGGCCUCGUGGGUGGGGUCUCUGCCGUCGCUGGGGGCGGCGCUGGGCCCCUGGCUGGGCGGCUGGGCGGCGGACCGCGCGGGCCGCCGCACCGCGGCGCUGCUGUCGGCGCUGCCGCUCGCCGCCUCGUGGGUGGCGCUGCUCUUCGUCCGCCAGCAGCCGCUCUGGCUGUGCGCCGUGCGAUUCUUCUCCGGCAUCGGCGUCGGGCUCGUCUACGCCGUGCUGCCCAUCUACUCCGCGGAGAUCGCACAGGCAGACGUUAGAGGGGCCUUAGGUUCACUGAUGCAGACGUCGAUAACGGUGGGCUUCAUGAUCGACUACUGCGCCGGGCCGUUCGUGUCGUACACGACGCUGGCAGCCAUCGGGCUGGCGACGCCCCUCUUGUUCGUGGCGUGCUUCGUCUGGAUGCCGGAGUCGCCCUACUACCUGCUGGCUGUCGGCGAGGAAGCCGCGGCGGAGAGAGCGCUGCGCUGGUUACGCGACGUCAACCAAGACGUCAUCUUCGAGCUCCGUGAGAUAAAGAAAGCCGUGGAAGAGUCUCGGCUGUCGGAGAGCUCGCUGCUGGCUGUGUUCCGGACACGGCGGUCGCGCCGCGCGCUGGCCAUCUCGCUGGGCGUGGUGUGCGCCGAGCAGCUGGCGGGCAUCAAUGCGGUGCUCUUCUACACGCAGAGCAUCUUCGACGCCGCGGGUGGUGAUGUGGACAGCCGGGUGGCGCCCAUCAUCGUCAGCGGCGUCAUGCUGCUCGUGUCGUGCCUCGUGCCCUUCCUGGUGGACCGCCUCGGCCGCAAGUUCCUGCUCAUCUUCUCCUCCACGGGCAUGUCUCUCGCCCUGGCAGUUUUUGGGGCUUUCUUCUACCUCAGCGAAGCGGGCCACAACACGGAGGACAUCGGCUGGCUUCCGCUGACUGCCCUUGUUUUUUACAUCUUCGUCUAUACUCCAGGCUACGGAGGACUGCCUUUCACCGUAGCGGGUGAAGUGUUCGCUCCGAAUUUGAAGGCCGUCGCAAUGCCGAUGGCUGCCUUCGUGUCAUGGUUCAUGUCCUUCCUGGUCACCAGAUUUUUCGGAGACAUCACAGAUGCCCUUGGAAACUACGGAGCGUUCUUCGUGUUCUCGUUAUGCGCUCUGCUCGCAUCACUCUACGUUUAUUUCUUUGUUCCAGAAACAAAUGGGAAGACGUUAGAAGAAAUACAGAUAAUGCUCGAGAAUGGAUAGCACAUCAUCAUAAUCACUUUAUCCUUUGCAUUAGAGCAAUCUUUUAUAAUUUCACUUAAGGCUCAGAUUCGCAGCGGCGUGUGUUGAACUGAGAGCAAGAGAUGUUAAUAUAAUAGCAACUCCUGUAUGCAGACACAAGGAAUGUAAAUCUGUAUUUUCAGGUUUCCGAUCUUUCUUGAACAGCUGUAUAAAUAUUUCCGUAAUGGCUAUGUACCCUCAGUGUCAGACAGCAUCGGUAAUUAACUUUACCUCCGAUCAAACAUCUUAAAUCCAAACAGUUCCUACGCGAAUAUUAACGAUCUGGACUUAACGUAAU